AUGAAGCAAUACAGCAUUCUACCCGCGGAUUGCUACAAUAUGGAUGAGAUUGGAUUUCAAGAGGGCCAAGGACGUGCAGAUUCUAUCCUCAUUCUUUUCACAGUCAUUGAACACAGUAAUAGAGUGUAUAUCCACAGAUGA